GAAAGGCAGAGUGGAGCUGCCUGAAGAUAGGAAGGAGCCGGAGUGGGAAGAAGUGAUGGAAUAUCCCCUUAUAGACCUUUUCCUCCUGAUGCUGUCUGGGGUGCUUGCAAGAGGGACUAAUUAUACAGUGCAGCAGGAGUAUCAAACCCUGAGGGUAUCUGAGGGUGGCAAGGUGAACAUGACCUGCAAAGUCAUCUGGGCCAAGUGGGAGCAAGUCCGAGUAGAGUGGAAGAAGGAUGAAGGGGUAUUGUGCCAGUCUGCACCCAUCAAGCGAGAAUCCAGCAGGGUUCUAUGUGGGUCUAGAGACCUGUUGUUCUGGAUCCCGGAAAAUAUUGUCAUCCUGAGUCUGGAUCGUGUGACUCCUAAUGAUAGUGGGUGCUAUGAGUGCCACAUGAAGAAGGAAAUCCCACUACUUGAGGAAACGAAUAAGACUACAUGUCUCCAAGUCUCAGGGUCAGGAGAUUUCUCCAAGUCGGACUGGAUCAAUGGCUAUCUAGGUCUCCUCUUGUGGUUACUGGUGGCAUGUGUCAUGGUGGGAUCUGGGGCUGUGCUGGGAAUAAAGAUCUGCCGAUUCCUUAGGAGGAGUAGAGAGUCUGUGCAUCACUUUUAUGGCAACGUUCUCUAUUACCACCAGAAGAGUAAGGAGGCCAAGCCAGGAAAGAACAAGACUUUGGCAUGCCCAGUGGAGAGGGAGAGAGGGGAGAGCAUCUACUCCACUAGUUUCCCCAAGCCCUCACCCCGUUUGGCCCAGGCCCCUGUAAUCCUCCCAGUCCACCCCAGGAUGCAUCCUGCUACUUCUAGGCCAAUAAAAACAGCUUAUUUCCCCCCAACCCCUCACUUAAGCUAGGAUUUUCCUGCCCAACCCAGUUGCAUGUGUGUGUGUGUGCACACACACACAUGCACACAUGCACAUGCACUCCUGUCCUGAAAGCAAGAAAGUAAGGGCUAAGGUUUUCCAGGAUCUGGGGGAUUGGCUCUUCAGUCAAGUAGUAAAGGAUCCAAUGCCUAAAGAUGACCCAGAACUGCAUUUUUUGGAGAUGAACAACUUGAAUAUCUGUUUUGCUUGACUACACACAAUUGUUUCAAGGGGUUUGUUUUUCUUUUUCUUUUAAAUUGGGAGUGGGAGAGUGGAGAAAAUAAAUGCUUGUUGAGUGAAAAAUGAAAUGAAAUUGAAACAAACAAAUAAACAAAAUGAC